CUCGGGCCCCGCCCCGGACCCUCGCUCCCGCCCUCCGCGGCGCUCCGCGCCUGCCGCCCCGGGGCGCAAGGCUACCUCCCGAGAGUCCCGCCGCCUGACUGUCGCAACUGCCACCCCAACAGCCUCCCUGCCCCCCGCCCCCGCCCGGGCCCCGCUCCCCUCCCACCUCCGCCCCCGGCUCUGAUUUCUUCUCCGGAGCGAGCUCGGCCGGAGACACAGGCGCUGGCUGCCCUGUCCGCUCUCCGCCUCCGCCGCGCCCUUCCAGCCCGGGAUGGGCCCUCUUGCCACCACCGGAGCCAUUGCCUCCCGGCCGCCGCCGCCGGAGCCGCACUCGCCCUGAAGCCCGGGCCCCUGCGCGCACCGGCUGGCCCCGCAGCCUCGCCCCCUGCCCGCACCGGCGGGCCUCAGAGCGGUUACGAUGCUGCCGCCCGUGUCCUCCCGCCUCGGGCUGCUGUUGCUGCUGCUCCUGUGUCCCGCGCACGUCGGCGGACUGUGGUGGGCGGUGGGCAGCCCCUUGGUCAUGGACCCCACCAGUAUCUGCAGGAAGGCACGGAGGCUGGCAGGGCGGCAGGCUGAGUUGUGCCAGGAGGAACCAGAAGUAGUGGCCGAGCUGGCACGGGGUGCCCGGCUCGGGGUUCGAGAGUGCCAGUUCCAGUUCCGCUUCCGCCGCUGGAAUUGCUCCAGCCACAGCAAGGCCUUUGGGCGCAUCCUGCAGCAGGACAUCCGGGAGACUGCCUUCGUCUUUGCCAUCACAGCUGCAGGAGCCAGCCACGCAGUCACACAGGCCUGCUCCAUGGGUGAGCUGCUGCAGUGUGGCUGCCAGGCACCCCGCAGGCGGGCCCCGCCUGGACCCCCUGGCCUGCCAGGCACCCUCGGGCCCCCUGGCCUUGUGGGAUCCCCAGAGGGGAGUGCAGCCUGGGAGUGGGGAGGCUGCGGCGAUGAUGUGGACUUCGGGGAUGAGAAAUCCAGGCUCUUUAUGGACGCCCGGCACAAGCGGGGAGGUGGGGACAUCCGAGCGUUGGUGCAGCUUCACAACAAUGAGGCAGGCCGGCUGGCUGUGCGGAGCCACACGCGCACGGAGUGCAAAUGCCACGGACUUUCGGGCUCCUGCGCUCUGCGUACCUGCUGGCAGAAGCUGCCCCCAUUCCGCGAGGUGGGCGCGGAGCUGCUCGAGCGCUUUCACGGCGCCUCGCGUGUCAUGGGCACCAACGACGGCAAGGCUCUGCUGCCCGCGGUCCGCAGUCUCAAGCCGCCUAGCGGAGCUGACCUACUCUACGUUGCCGACUCGCCCGACUUCUGCGCCCCCAACAGGCGCACAGGUUCUCCCGGUACUCGGGGCCGCGCCUGCAACAGCAGUGCCCUGGACCUCAGCGGCUGCGACCUGCUGUGCUGUGGUCGCGGGCACCGCCAGGAGAGUGUGCAGCUCGAGGAGAACUGCCUUUGCCGCUUCCACUGGUGCUGCGUAGUGCAGUGCCACCAAUGCCUCGUGCGCAAGGAGCUCAGCCUCUGCCUUUGACCCCCGGAGCAGCUCUCCCAGCUGCGUGCAGAGCUGCCUCUCGCUACCUUUGUGACAGCUGGGUUCCAGCAGAGGGCGCUGCUCUGGCCGAGUUUACCCUUGCCAAAGUCCGUCUCCCAGGCCUCUGGUAACUGAGGAGGUGAGCCUGGAGAUACACGCGUGCCCAGGAAGGCCCAGGGCAUUGGAGGGACCAUCCCCCUCCCCUAGAGGCACUUUAGAGAGUUCUGGUGGAGACUACACGCUCUAGGGAGUUCUCUCUCCUUGGCCCCGCGAUGGAAACCAAAGAGCCCCUUCCUAGGCCUCUGGAUGCAGGCCUCCUCAGAACUGCUGGCCAUGGGUUCUGUGGAUAAGUUUAGUAUCAAUAAAGAUAUUUAAACCAAUAGGACUGGGCCCACAGUGUGGGAGGGGGGCUGGUCUCCUGCGGGUUUUCAUGGCGCCAAGCUCAGGAAGGAGUGUUCAGAAGGAGAUGGUUUUGAUAGAACGAGCAACUCAGAGCUUCUUACCCUGGGUCCCUAUCCUCUCCCCAUGGGACUGGGCUCUCCUGGCAACCACGGGGAAGAGUGCCAAGUCUUUCCUCAGCAUUCUUCUUAUUCACUCUUGUCACACAUCUAGGGCCUGGAUCUACAAUCCAGGGAAGAAGUAGUAAUCCCUCUUUAGAGGAGCAGACUCUGCAGGGGGUCUGGGGCGAGCAGACCAGAAGCCUCUGCUGAUGUGCUCAGCUGUCCUUCAGCUCCCGUCAGAACUCUAGGGGAGUGCCACACCUUCCUCUGCCCUUCUGCUUGUGAUCCCCGGGGGACUCAUGGGUAGACUUUUAGGGCCA